CGGCCAAGGGUCACUUCCCCACCACAAUGGCUGAAGCAUGGUGCACAGCCCGUGUGAACUAAAACACUGGGCACAAUCCAUUUAGAGCCACAGUUAUUGAUGGUGUCGAGCAGGGGACUUGGUCUCUCCUGGGUGAUACCAGUCAUGAAGACAAGCUUGAGGGAGAAACCAAAAACAGUUGUGAGGUAGAAGAAGCGGAGUGAGGAGGGUGGCAGGAGUUUCUCUUGCUUGUCAGGAAAGGGCCCGCAAGGGAAGGUCUGGGAGGAAGACGGCUGCUGGCAGGGGCAAGCAGAGAGGGGAAGGGGCAGGAGGGCAGGCGGAGAGGUGCCGUUUUGUUCCAGGGGAAGGGGCUGUGCAAGAGGAUGGCUUCCAACACGCUGGCAUAGUCCUUUUCAGGGGUAGGUGUCAGCCCCAUCUGAUGGCAGCAACUGCGGGUCCAGGCGGCGUGGUUUAUCAUCCAUCGGCGGCGAGGAGGGAGGCCUCAGUGCAGGAGCUGAAGGGAGGAGUGCGAGGCGCCCGGAGGGCCAGCGAGCAUCCGCCCAGCAGUGCUCCAUCCCGCAGGGCAGGAUGGACAGGCUGCGGCGGAUACUGAGGCGGAGGUCGGCCAAGGUGGUCAGCAUGGGAGCAGAGAGCAGCAGGGGGCCUGGGCAGGAGGAUUUGGGCCCCGCCUGCCAUGACAAGGAAGGGCCCAUCAAGGCAAGGAGGUGGCUGUGCCCUGUAUGCUGCCAAAGAAAACGAGCAGCUCCUGACAGCAGGACAAAGGAGGAGCGGAAACCCACCACCUCCCAGACCAGAUGGAGAUGGCCCUGGGUACGCCUGCGCAAGCAGGAGCUGGCACCACAACAGCGCCAGACAGAAGAGCUGUGCAGCUCCCCUUGCAUGGCGUGGAGGAGCCUGGAGCCCGACCCUGCAGCCCCACAGCAGGAAGCAGCCCCCUGCAGAGCCGAGGACGAGGGCCCUUUCUCCCUGGGCCAGGAGCUAAGCGAGUCGUGCACCAGCCCCAGCCUGAGCUGCGGCUCCUCCUGGGACGACUUGCACAGCUCCUUGGAGUCCGGGAGCACCAGCCCGAGCCGCGACUCCUCCUUGGGGAACUCCAACAGCUCCCUGGAGUCCCGAAACUCCAGCCCGAGCCCCAGCUCAUCCUCGGGGGACUCCGAUAGCUCCCUGGAGUCCCCAAACACCAGCUCCAGCAGCAGCUCCUCGGAGGAGGAGGACACUCCCAGCUCCCUGGAGCGCGGGACCACCCCGGCCCCUGGCGCCAGCCGCACAGGGGUGGAGGAGGGUGCUGGAGAGGGACCACGUGAGACUCCUGCUGACAGGGCUCUUGUGCUGGCGAGGGCAGCAUGGCCCCAUCUCUGCCCCCCGUGCCCCACUUCCCUUCCUCUCAGCGGUCCUGGACUCACCCUCUCCCCUUUCCUCCCCACUGCAGUGAUUCCCAGACCAGCCACUGAGGACGAGGACGAGGACGAGGAGGAAGAUGAAGAUGGGAGUCCACCUGAGGAAGCUGCCCGCCUCCUUGUGAUAAAACACCUCCAGGAACCAGGGCAGAGGCUGGACGGGAAGGAUGGGCAGCGCUUCCUGCUAGCAAUCCUCACCCUGAGCACAGUUGCGGAGCAGAGCACAGAGGUGGCCAUGCAGCUGGAGGGCCUGAAAGUGCCCAUGGUCGAGAAGAUUGUGGUGAGUACGAUGCAGCACGGGAUGGUGUGGAGAGAGGGAAGGAGAGGAGAAACGGUCUCGUGGGACCAGGUGCAUGGCAGCACACUAUGGUUCCUGGGAGGCCCGAGUCCCUCAGGGGUUGGGGAGGAGCAGGAGGCCGCUGGCUGA